UGCAUACACGACGCCGGCCACAGUGCCAAUGAACUCGCCUGAAGACGUGCCGAGCGCUAUAUUCGAGAGGAGUGCCUUGCCUCUGGGCAUCGCUGUCGCCGGCCUAGUCUGGUACGGUGCCAUCUGGUCGGUUGGGCUGCUGGGCUGCUGGUCUGCUCGCAAGCGCUACCGAAUCCGCCCACGAUCACCUCUUUCAUCGUCCUCUGCACAGACCGCACCGGGCGUUUCUAUCCUCAGGCCCAUCAAGGGCUUGGACACGAAUCUUUACGAAAACCUCGAGUCGUCUUUCGUGCAAGAAUAUCCCAACUUCGAGCUCCUCCUGUCGGUUGCGGACGAGGAUGACCAGGCGCUGCCCGUUAUUCGCGAGUUGGUGGCCAAGUACCCUGGCACGAACGCCAGAGUCAUCGUAGGAGAGGAAAUCGUCGGAGUCAAUCCCAAAGUCAACAACCUUAUCCGAUCGUACCGAGAGGCUGCGCACGAUAUACUCUGGGUCCUCGAUUCAAACGUCACGGUCGCUCCCGGUACCCUCGCGCGCGCGGUCGAUAUCCUAAACCGACCACCCCCUCCGAUACCUGGUCCUAGGCGCAUAGCCCUCGUGCACCACGUUCCCUUCGCCUUCGCGCACCAGCUCACGCUUGGCUCCCGGAUAGAGGAGGCCUUUCUGAACACGAACCACGCGAAGAUGUACAUCGCGAUCAACACCGUGGCCGUUGACUCGUGCGUCAUGGGAAAGUCGAACCUCUACCGCCGCUCGGACCUUGAACGCGUCGAUGGAUCGCUCAAACCCCGCACGCACGCGGGAGACGAGCCGCCGCCGGAACGCGGAUUGGCCGCUUUCGGGCGGUUCCUUGCGGAGGACAACAUGAUCGCGGGCGCGCUCUGGCACGAGCUCGACGUCCGCCACGACCUCUCCUGCGACAUCGCGCUGAACGCGAUCGGGAACAUGUCUCUGUCGGACUACGUGUGGCGGCGCGUCCGCUGGAUCCGCGUCCGCAAGCACAUGACGCUGGCCGCGACUCUGGUCGAACCGCUGACGGAGUCCGUCGCGCUGGGUGCCGUCGCCUCGGCAUGCCUGCGGUACCUCUUCAGGUUCCCCGCGUGGCUGUUUAUCCCCAUGCAUUUCUUGUUAUGGAUUCUGGUCGACUUGGAUGUAUACGCGUCGUUGGCUGGGUACCCCUUGCCGGCGUCUAAGCGGUGGGGCUUCAUCGCGGCGUGGGCUGUGCGGGAAGUGCUCGCGUUCCCCAUCUGGCUGUUGGCGAUAGUGGGGAACGAGGUCGACUGGAGGGGGACGACGUACCAGGUAUUGCGGAAUGGGGAGGUCAGGCGAGCGAGCGGGGAGCGGGGUUGGCUCAGGUGGGGUCAAAGGGCGAGGAAGGAUCACUAUCAACGGAUGGAGCUUGCUCAAGAUUGAGUUUUCGAUGGCCGGCAUAAUUGAAAUAUGCGUCGCGUGGAUUAUCACGAUCUAUCACAGUCCCGUGUGUAUGAGUGAGCAACGACGGCGCUGCGAUUGCUUGUUCGAGAG